UUUGUCUAUAUUUUGGUGUUUGUUGGCUUUUCUGGCAUUUUUCCGGCUGUUUGUUGUUGAAUCAAAGCUGAAAUCGCAAAACAGUUUUUUGCCGGUACAUAUUAUUCUGCGCUAAUUAAUCUAUAAACCGUAGGUGAAAACUAAACAAAAUUAAAUAACCAAACUAACUCUCCUGAGGUCAAAAUGGAAUUGCCAUUUCGUGCCGAGUAUUCGAAAACCGGCCGAGCAAACUGCAAAGCUUGUAAAACCCCAAUUGCUCAAGGGGUUUUACGUUUGGCUACUUUGACUCAAUCUGCUUUCUUUGAUGGCAAGCAAGCCAACUGGUACCAUUUUGAUUGCUUUUUUACCAAACAAAGGGUUAAGACUACCGAUGAUAUUGAACAUUUUGAAUCUCUUCGGAUUCAAGAUCAGGAUCGUAUAAAGAAGCAUGUUGGUAGUACUACAGCUAUCAUACCUGAUGCUAAAAAAGGCAAAGGUAAAAAGAGACCUGCUGAUAAGGAUUCUGACCGAAUUAAGAAGAUUGCUCUUAAAGAUUUUGUUAUUGAGAAUGCCAAGAGUGGUCGAGCUGUUUGUCGUGGAUGCCUACAGAAGAUCUUAAAAAAUGAGGUCAGGGUUUCUAAAAAAGAAUUUGAAUCUGAUAUGGGCAGACAGUUGGGAGGAAUAGAUCAGUGGCACCAUUUAACAUGUUUUGCUCAGCUAAGAUCAGAGCUGGGUUACUUUGAAAGUGCCGAGAAACUUCCUGGAUUUAAAGGCCUUGACAAGCAAGAUCAAAUGGCUGCUAAAAAAGCCCUGCCAGCUAUUAAACAGGAAGAACUCCCUGAAGUGAAAAAGCCAAAGGUAGAGGAGGAUGAUUCUGUCGACAAAGAAUAUAGGGCGCAAAACAAAAUAAUGUUUGAAUAUAGGGAUAAACUUAAAACGCUUUCUAAACCAAAAUUAAUUGAACUUUUAGAAUAUAACCAUCAAGCAUUACCAGAAGGAGUAGAGGUCAUGUAUGACAGAAUAAGUGACAUCAUGACCUUUGGUGCUUUAGAACCAUGUAAUGAAUGCAAGGAUGGUCAACUUGUUUUCAACAAAUUGGGGUACACAUGUACUGGCAACAUUAGUGAAUGGGCUAAAUGCACCAACGUCACCAAGGAUCCUAAAAGAAGCAAAUUUAGGGUCCCCAGUGAUUUGAAGGAAGAGGUUUCUUGGCUCAAGACGUAUAAGUAUGUGCCCCGAAAAAGAGUUAUUAAGGACGCAAAUCCGACAAAAAUAGUGAAAAAGGAAAUUAAGGAUGAGGUGGAUGGAAAACCAAAAGUGACUAGAGCUCUGCCCGCUCUAUAUGACAUGCAGUUCGUCAUCUUAGGCACACCCGAAAGAGGCAAAGAUGUUUUAAAAGGUGAAAUUCAAGCUCUUGGUGGCAAAGUGAUUACCAAAAUUUCUAAAUCCGUUAUGGCCGUUAUAUCUGAUAAAAGUAUGGUGGAAAAUAUGGGAAGCAGAAUAAAGGAGGCAGAAUCUGAGCAGGUGCAUGUGGUGUCAGAAGACUUCAUCGAUGAAGCAAAAGAUCAAUCAGGAAAGAUUCCUGACUUAAUUAUAAAGAAGAGCAUAUGCAACUGGGGUUCAGACCCUACAACAAGGCUACCACCAGAGCCAACAUCAAGCAGCAUUUCUGCUCUUAAAUCUAAGAGCAGAUUUACAAGUGCAGUUCCAAGCAAAAUUAAACUUAAACUAAAGGGUGGUUCGGCGGUUGAUCCAGACAGUGGACUGGAAGAUAUCGCCCACGUAUAUGAAGAUUCUAACAAGGAAAAAUAUACUGCCGUCUUGGGUCUAACAGACAUCCAAACUAACAGAAACAGUUACUACAAGCUUCAACUGCUACAGUCGGAUAAAGGUAACAGAUAUUGGCUGUUCAGGAGUUGGGGAAGGAUCGGAACUACAGUUGGCGGAAACAAAACCGAGGAGAAACAUUCACUUCAUGAUGCCAAAAGAGAAUUCGAGGAGCUCUACGAGGAAAAAUCUGGGAACGCUUGGGAAGACCGUUGUGAUUUCGUUAAAGUGCCGGGUAAAAUGUAUCCAAUUGAUAUUGAUUACGGUGGUGAUGGACAUGAGAAACUGGAUAUCGUUGCUUCUGAAUCUAAGUUGCCGACACCAGUACAGGAUCUUAUAAAAUUGAUAUUUGACGUCAACCAAAUGAAGAAACUAUUGCUAGAAUUUGAGUUAGAUAUGGAAAAAAUGCCUCUCGGAAAGCUGAGCAAAAAUCAGAUUCAAAAAGCCUUUGGGGUACUAUCCGAAUUGCAAAAUUUGGUAGACCAGAAUGGUAGCCAAACAAAGCUAAUUGAAGCAACAAAUAGAUUCUAUACUUUAAUUCCACACAGUUUUGGAGUGGAUGAAGUUCCUUUAUUGAAUGAUAAGGAGGUUAUCAAGCAAAAGCUUGAUAUGCUAGACAGUCUCUUGGAAAUGGAGGUGGCAUAUAACUUAAUGUCAUCCUCGGGCGGAGACCACACAGUAGACGCCUACUACAAACAACUAAAUGCAGAAAUCGACAUAAUGCAUAGAGAAUCUGAAGAGUUUAAGAUCAUUCAUGAAUAUGUUAAGAACACGCAUGCGGCCACCCAUAGCUCUUAUGAACUAGACGUGCAAGAUGUAUUUGUGGUUAGGCGUGAAGGAGAAGAGAGGAGGUAUAAACCAUUCAAAAAGAUGCAUAAUCGUAAGCUUUUGUGGCACGGUUCCAGAACCACUAACUUUGCCGGUAUUUUGUCUCAGGGUCUAAGGAUCGCCCCACCGGAAGCUCCGGUAACAGGUUACAUGUUCGGUAAAGGUAUUUACUUUGCCGACAUGGUGUCAAAAUCGGCAAAUUAUUGUUGCACCAAUAUGAACAGUCCCACUGGUCUUCUAUUGCUUUGUGAAGUCGCUCUUGGAAAUAUGCUUGAGUGCCACCAAGCCAAGUACAUCGAAAAAUUGCCAAAAGGGCACCACAGCGUCAAAGGUAUUGGUAAAACCCACCCAGAUCCAUCCGUCGUAAAGAAACUUGGGGAUGCAGAAGUGCCAUUAGGUCAAGGAGUUCCUGCGCCUGGUACUACGGGAAGCUCUCUUCUAUAUAACGAGUACAUCGUAUACGAUGUCGCCCAAGUCCAGAUGAAAUACUUACUUAAAGUCAAUUUCAAAUAUAAGUAUUAAGUUACCAGUUGAUGCAGCAGUUUAUUAAGCAUCACUUUUAUAAUUUAAUCGGUAAUUUUUUGUAAGAAUUUAUAGGUAGUUUUGCAAAUGGAAGGCAAGUUUUUGUAUUAGGAGCGAUAAAUUUAUUAAAAUAGGCGAUCUGUAGUCCACUGUACAAAUAUUACCUGUUUUACUUAUCUCUUUAUGUACAUAACUUUCUCAACAAAUAUACUAAACUAUCCAGUAACCAGAAGACAAACAAUAUCAUGGAAAAGUAAAUAAUAAAUUGCUAUUAUUCUACUCAAAGUGGCUGUUGAAGAAAAUUGAAAAAAAAAAGUAUUAAAUCUUCGGGGGUAUCUAAAUGGGAACAUAGUUAAAAUACGGUUAUAACAACCUAGGGCUGGGGAUGGGGAGUAAACCUUAAAAAACAUUUUUUCGUACUCAAAGAAAUGAUCCAUGUUUUCUUAGAGACUGACUUCAAUUAAAUUGUAUUAAAUCAUGCUACAAGUCACAAAUAUAUUGUAAUAAAAAGUAAAAAGAUUGCAGGUGUUUCGCCCGUGCUAGGCAUUAUCAGAUCUACUGUAAGAAAGAAACAAAAAUAAUAACCUUUACGAAUACUUAUUAAUAUGUGUUAAUUAAUAUUAAUAACUUAUUAAAUGAUUAUGCGGAUUGCUGUUACUUUUCAAAUACCGCUUUAGAUUAGGGAUUCCUUUAAGACUCCUCUCACAUAUUGGAAGUAUUUCCUCAAAUAGCUCUUAGUCAUCUUCAUCAGUAUCAAGUUGUUCAGUCUGGUCAAUCUGUGAAAUAAUUUCCUCAAGGCAAAUAAUCAUCGAACUCAAAAAUGAGGCCAGGCAGGUUUACAGCUAUUGUUUAUUGUUGUUUAUACCCAUUUUAAUAGCAUCUAGAGGAUUUAUUGCUAAAGUUGUUUUAUUUUUGAUAUAUUUACGUAGCUGAAACACCUGUAGGUUGAAGCAAAAUCUAUAUUGUUAUUUAUUUUGUUGUGUAUUACGUCACUAUUUCAGUAACUAUCAAGUACGGUCAUUUAUUUAAAAGAAAGAAAAAUUUACUUAUUCACGCACUUUAAAGAAAUAUAUACUUAAAUCUUAAAUAUAUAAUUAAGGUAUCAUUGAAAAUUUAAGUUCGAAUUUAUUCUAAAUACUUCGAUAAGUCUAUUUUCUUCUUCUUUUCAAUAGUUGAGCGGAUGAGAUAGUAUUUUCUAAAUUAUUUACUUAAAUCGCGACGUAAUACUCGUCAAAAUAAGUAACUAUCUUAUAGGUUUAUUUAAACUUACCACUAGCUAAAGGUUUACGUUUUUCAGUCCCACUCAUCCUCGCGUAUACAAGGACGGUUAUUCGUUCCUCCUACACAUUUAUCACUCUUAAAACUCAAAAGCUGGAAAAGUUUAUAAAAAAAACUCUCUUAGUCAUAUUUCACAAGUGGAACUAAAAAUGAUUUAAUGCAGUCUAUUGCUGAUUCUAAACAUACACUGGCAGCUUCUCUGCAGAUUUUCAAAAAACUUAUAUCGUGUAAUUUUUUAAAAUCUAUGCAAACCAACCGGAGUCACAAGAAAAUUCAUGGAUAUUAAACAGUUUUGCAAACUAUUCAGGUGUGGCUUAAAGAAUGUGUCGAAUUAUACUACUAUUGUGAUUGAUACUUCAUCGAAGCUUUUUUUGACAGCAGGUUUGCGUAUUUUUUUCUUAGCUUCGAAACUAAGCGUGCUUCUAAAAUGUUUUUGUUUUUCAUUUUAGUUGACAUUGUUGUCUUUUUUAAAUACCCUCGCUUAUGGAAUUUAUUAUAACUAAGCAAAUUGCUUUUUUUUUCAGACAGCAAUUUAAAUGAACAUAACACACCUACAACCUUAGAAUAUUGAAUCAGAAAAACUAAAACACUUGCGGCAUUAUUGGAACGUUCACUUUUCACUCGAUUUUCACAAAAAAAAACACCAUAAAUUUUUGUCAGCCGGAGUCAAAGAUUGCCUUUUACUUUCAGUAUUUGCCGAUAUGCUGCAGCACCAUUUUUGGUUAUGCAGCCAUAGAAAAAUAAUAAAAAAUAGGAGAGAGGUUUGUAGGUAGGAACGCGUUUUUAAACGAUAAAAUCAAAACGACUACAUCUUUUCUAAAUCCAUUACUAGGGGAGACCGGGGUUGGUUGUUACAAUUUGAAGAAAAAUACUUGUAAUUUUAUUUUAUUGAAACUUUAUGAACAUCUUAUAAUAGUUUUAUUUAGCUUAUACUUUUCUGUAACUAACAAAUAAUGCAAAAUAAAUAUAUAUCAAACACAAAAUAAACUGUCAAUGGUUAUAACAAGUAAUGACAAAUGUAGCAACCAUGGUUGUUAUAUCCUUCGAGUUGGUUGUUACACCAUUAAGCAUCGUCAUCUGAGUCACAGUUGAUACAUACAAAAAACAAAUCGGCAUCUACACAGAGACUAUGAGCCCAUUGUACCAGUCUUUUGGUACAUCUGAUCCAUUCUUCAGCCGACUUUGAUUUUGAAUAAAGUCCAAAGCAAACCAAGCAAAAGGGGUCAUCUUCAUCGCCACUCGAUUCGCCUUCAGCAGGUUUUUUACACUUUUUUAUUUGUUUUCCUUUUGUGUUUCCUGUAAGAUUCUUCUUAACUCUGAUAAUUUUUAACUCUUGUUUCUUUUUUCUGGAAUUUCGUUUUUCUUGUUCCAAUUCGAGUUCUGUUUUGUUCGAAGUAUCGGUUAGGAUAGCGGCUUUGCGCCGUUUACGACCUCUGAAAUUAGUUUUACGAAUUCCAGCUUUUGGAAAUGGACGUAUAUCUGAAGGGCUAAAAUCGAGCGUAUUACUUUUGGUAUCCUGUGGACAAUCAGGCCUCGGCGAUAUAUCACGUGAAUAACCAGGCUUCGGCGAUAUAUCAUGUGAAGAACCAGGCUUCGGCGACUCAACUCUAGUUGGUAUUUGGAGAAUGUUAGGUUUGGAAUUAGGGGCAAAAGGACGGCGGUAUAUUUGAAGUAGUAGGGGAUUUUGAAACGGCAACAACUUCAAAUUCCUUAGGGUCAGGCGUUUCUAAGCCAUCUCUGGAGGUUUCAAUAUUAUUUAUUGGCUUCUCUGUAACAGUUUCUUCAUUUCCGGGAGGAUUAUUAUCAUUUUCUUGGAUAAUGACAGAAUCAGGGCGAUCAGUUACAGAACUAGAGAGGAAUUCAUCAUCAUUAAAGAUGUGCCUAUUCAAUGGAUAUAUUCCUGCAACUCGAAAACCUGACUGAAUAUUCUUUGGUGUCGCUGCUAAUGGUAGAGCAUCACGCACAUAGAUUGACAUGGUUUUGCCGGGAUUGUUUCUUAACCAGGAGUCGCACAAACUAUUAACAUAUUUCUUCAGUGGGCCAUAGACGGACCUGUCUAAGGGCUGAAGUUUAUGGGAACAGUGUGGAGGUAGAGAUAAAAUUAUAACACCAUUUUGCCUACAAAUAUCUAUUUCUCUAAUUGAAAGAUGUGAGUCGUGAUUGUCUAGGAUUAACAAAACUGGUCGUUCUUGUGAACACCUUGUAUGCUUUAUGAAAUGUUCAAGAAAAGUCCUCUUGGAUCAUCCAGCCUGAUUUUUUUGCAGUUCCAAUACAUCCGCUUGGGCCAUUUGCAACAAAAUAACUUUUAUAAUUUUUUCUAGGGAAAACAAAUAUUGGAGGAACUGUAUUUCCACUAGCACUUACAGCCAGGGCUAUUGUAACUAAAGCACCUCUUUCGGCAGAAGUCACACUCCCCACUUGUUUUACACCCUUAUUCGCUAUUAUUCUGUCUGGUUUUUGGACCGUAGUAAUCCCCGUCUCAUCUCCGUUGUAAAUAUCUUGGCAUUCAAAUUUGUACCUAUCCUUGACUUCCUUCAAUAGAUCAAAAAAUCUUUGAAAGAUUGAAGCUCGUUGCUCUGCUCAGACUGGUUGCUUCGGGAGUCCGCAAAGAUAGCUUUGGAUGAUGCUUAAGAAAUCCAGAUAACCAGUCUCCUGAGGCCAUUGAGUUUUCAUGCCAAGCUUGACGAACUUCAACGUUGUUCUUAAUAGCCAAUUCAAAUCCCAAUCUUCGAACUUCUUUGGUUGACAGACCAAAAUACAUUUUAGAACACUCUAUUAAGUAGCUAGCACUCUAGCUCAGCUUCCAUCGCAUCAGAUAAAAUUUGACGGUUCCUUGUAUAGCCAACCGUAGGAUCCGGAUCAUUUAGCUCUAUAAAUUAAAAAAAAUCUCAUCCUGACGGUGUGUAAACAAACUGUACAAGUAAACUUACCUUUAUUUUUAAUUUUUCUGCAAUAUCUCUGCAGGGUCAUGAAAUUGACACCAUAUUGUUCAGCAACCGUCCUAAGAGAUCUUUUAUUUUCCAAUACUUCUUUCGCAGCACUACGAAAGGUGUCUAGUGCUAUACGUCCCCUUUCGGUUUUUCUUUUGAAGUUUUUCAUAUUAUCGCCUAUCAAACAAGAUAAAAACGUCAAAGAAUUGUAGUUGAAACAAAUUCGGGGUUGGUUGUUAUAAUGUAGCAAAUUACCCCGUUGAAGAUGUAACAACCAACCCGGUUCGUAUAUUUUAGCAAACGAAGCAUCUCAAACCUAACCUUAUUAUUAAUCAGAAGAAAUGACCGGAAAUAUUAAUAUUAAUGUCCGGUCAACUAAUAAUUGCUUUUAAGGUUAGAAAAUACAUACACUGCAUUUAUCGAAUAAAUAUGAGCAAUGGAACAGCAGAACUCAAACACUGGUCGGUUUACCGGCGCACAACGAAUUGACAAUUGAUGACAAGUGUAACAACCAGCCCCUGUAACAACCAACCCCGGUCUCCCUUAUUGUUUGAAAGCUAGAUAUACUUUAUAGUGUCAUGAAAUUGAUUUAUGUACACAGGUAAAUUAAAUUUUUUAAAGAGAUUCGAUAGUUACAAAAUAGCCUUUUUUCGAAAAGGGUUGGUAGGUUAGAAUAGUAAAGAAGCUUCGUUCUAAUUUUAAGAAAAUGAGGUGUUUGUUUUAAACAAAAAACUAUUAUUAUUCAGUGUUUAUUAUUUUUCCAAUAUUAGAAAAUCAGUAAAAAAUCAAUUUUCUGACAUAUCUUCUUCUUCAUGAACAGAUGCACAGUUCUCCAGGUAAAAGAGUCAAUCAGAAUUUCAAAUGAACAGCGGUUGACAUUCGCAGCAUUUAAUUGAUUUCUUAGAUGUUAAUUUUUGCGAAAAAUUGGUUACAUAAAUAAUACAAAAGUCACUCUGAACGCUUCCGUUUUUUUUUUGCAGAUUUCGGUGGUGUUUUUUUUAUUUUGUAGAUGCUUUGUUGGCUUUUUAUCUUUCAAAGCUUCGAUUAUCUGAACUGCAUUGUUCAUCAGUUUAGGAUCACGAUUACAUUUUUUUGGUGGUGAUCGUGGCUGCAACAGUUUAAUUUCAUCUCACAUCGAAGACGAGCUGGAUCUUUGAGAUGAUGUCGAUGGUCCACUGGUGGUAACAAAUUGUCAUUUGCAUCGACAUCUUUUUUAUGUUUAUGCAGUAUCCCUUAUGCUCCCGAGUCUACUUUUUUUAGAAUUUUGAGACAAAACUUUACGCCAAUGACCUUAUUAUGACCUUACUAGAGAUACUAAUUUUUUUCAGAAAAAAAAUCACAUUUGAUAAGAUUUUAGGGACUUUCACGAUUGUGUUGGAUAGGAGUCAAAAUCAUACUGGCACAAAUGUGAAAAAAACGAAAAAUAUAUUGAAAAUGUUUAUUUCUACGAAAAUGCAUUACUUAACAUGAAAUGUUUUGAAGCAAUUUUGGUUUUUUUGUAAAUAUAAGUAAACAUUACACUUAAUACAUUUGAUUCUUGAUCUACUUUGACAGGAUUCCAGGCGACAAGUGUUGGGUUUGAUCCUCAUGUACUGGCCAAUGAUCAAACCCAUCGAAUCUUUUAUCUUCACAAGGUAGAGGUGUAUAUCUUACCUUCUUGGCAGAAGGUUCUUCAUUUUCAUCCGUUUGAGCCUGUUCCAUUUCGAUAUUCCAUCCAGCUAUUCACAAUAGCUAUGUCAAAUAAGUGUAGAAUGGUUUUAAAUGUCCAUUUUCGGGUUUUAAAGUAUGUUCGAUAAGCCUCAGUCAUUUGAUCACAAAUAUCAACUCCGCCCAUCUUUUCAUUAUAAACUUUAAUUACAUUUGAACAGGAUACUUCUAUAUGUUUUUUUUGUGUUUUUAUCCCAUCUCUGAACAGUUUUUACUGGUUCUAUUCCAAAAGCCGUAGAUUGCCAUGAUGACUGAUUUGUUAUCUUUUCAUUUUGUCAAACACACUUCUGCGUCGCCUCUUUUCAUAGUAGCAUCUUUUUGAAAUACACAUCCUUUUACUCUGUUUGUCAUUAUGGUUCCCGUUCCUUCCAUUUUUAAUUUUUCAAAUAAUGGUAUUGUGGAAAAAUAUCGGUCAAAAAAAAAAAAGCUUUCAGGUGGCAAGGUUUCUAUUAAACAAAGAAUAACUGAUGGCCCUAAACCAAGUUGUUUAUCUGGCAAUGGCGUCAUAAGGAACCCUGGUAUAUUUCGAAGUCCAAUAUUGUACCACAAGACGUUGUAAUGACAAAAUUCUUAAGUCCAACCGGCCUUGGUUUAUUUUUGACAAAUUGACGUAUAGGACAUCGUGCUAAAAAGGGUAUCAUUUGCUCAUCAAUUGAAAAACAACCAUUCUCUGGCCUGUGAAUUUCAAGACAUCUUUGUCGAACUCGGUCUAUCAUUGGUUGAACUUUCGAGAGAUGAUUCUUCUUUUUGAUAUCAUCCGAUACUGAUAGAUUAUCGACUACGUGAAAAUUCGUUCGAAGUUUAUAAAACCUGUCACGCGCCACAACAUUAGCUAUGAGAGGUAAUCGAUAUUUGAUACUCCAGUAAAGGUGGAUUCUAGGAAACUUAAAACAUCCCAUAAUUGCAUACAUACCAAAAAAUUGCCUAAUUUCUUCAUCAGUCAAUUUUGGAGUGAUUUCCCUACCAUGUUGUUGCAAGUAAUACUGAGAAGUUAACGCUGUCCCCAUCAUUGAAAUAUCUACUAAAAUAACCCCAUGGACUCAAAACUGGCUCAGGUUCAUGGUUAUCAAACAUAGUAGGGAUUUCUUUGCCUUCAAAUGGCUGCUUUACCCAUGUUGGAGCAGAAGACUUUUUUUGGCUGGUACUAGGUCUAGGCCCGUCCUCGUCACUGCUGCUGCUGCUGUCGCUGCUGCUUUCGGACUCUUCAUCUUCCGAUAAAACGCGUUCGGGUGGAGCAAAAAAUUCAUCAUCAUUAUCGCUUUCCACCUCGAAAUGGGACUCAAGGUCAUCAAGGAGUUCAUACACGUCAUCUGGAUUGGCUGCGAGCCUCUCCAAGUUCAAUAAUCUUUUGGAUCCUAGAAAAAACAUAACUAUUAAAAAACAAUACCGAAUUUUUUUUGUAUUGGUUGGCUCCCAGCCGUUACAAUUGUGAUACAGCGAUAUAGUACGCACUUCUAAAAAUGGCCACAGAAUAUUUUUGAGCUUAUUAGGGAAAACAAUGCAUUACUUAAAUAAUUUGACAUUAAAAACACGGUUUAAAUUAAUUUUAGUUAAAACUUACCGUUAUUCGCCAUCACAAGUCACAUUCAUGCUCCUCUGCAGAAGUCAAAAUGGGUACUGAAUCCAGCCCGUGCGUUAAAAGCAUAAAGAGGUGUCUUGCACAAUCGUGUCGUAUCGUUUUGGACAGUUAAAAUAUCAUUUUGAUGUUUAUAUCCCAUGUUAAUAAGACUCGCACAAUUGUGACAUGCUGGAGCGUAAGAGUAAACGAGAUAUGCCCUCAAAAACAGACAUGAACAAUAGAAUGUACAGAGUAGACAGAUGUUCCAAUCUACAGAUUACCAACCACUUGCAAGUCAAAUAAAAAAAAAAUAAUAUCGAAAUAUUUUAAUAAUUCACUAGAGCUUUAACUUUUUGAAAGUAAAAUACUAUAAUUUCAGGGUUUUUUAACGCCAUAUAAAAGCAGUAAAAAAUUAUUAGCUGACAGCAUAAAAUGUUUGCAAAAUUUCAGUGUUAACGUAAGUGCGUGUAUGCAAUAAACGUGGUUGUUAAAAGUGAGUUUUACUGUAGUAAAGAUUUUUUAACCGAGGUCCGGAUAAUUGGGUAUCCACUAUAAAUUAAUUGCUUUGAAUACAAAAACCAGCCUUACCUUUCUGAAAAGUUUUUACUUUACUUAGUGAUUUUAAGGCUUCGUUGCAUAUUUGUUGAUAAUCUCGCAUAGAUCUGUGACAUUUGUUAAACAUCAUACUAGGACCGGAAAAUUGUUUUAUUUAUGUGAUAACGCCACGUACCCUACUUAUAUAUUAAUGUUUUUUUUAAGUUGUUUUUUAUGUAAGUCUUAUGUUUAAAAUGUUGUUCCAUUUGUUAUAUAAACCUAAAUGCUGAGGUCAGGUAAGUUCCCUCAUUGUUUCAAUGCGUUUACUUUUUUGAUGUUAUACAUAUAAUAGGUAUAUUAUCCGUAAAUAAAUACGCUUCAAUUAAAAAAAAAAA